AUGAAGAGCACUAUCGGAGCCGUACUCUUUGGCACUGCCCUUGUCGCAGCAGCACCACCAGCUUCUCGCCGCGAUGUUGACACUGCCUUCCCUUACACUGGACCUGCCAUUCCAGUCGGUGACUGGGUUGACCCUACCGUCAAUGGCAAUGGUAAAGGCUUCCCUCGUCUGGUUGAGGCUCCAGCUGUGAAGCCCAGGAUGUCCAACCCUACCAACAACGUCAAUGUCAUCUCCUUGGCCUACGUUCCCGGCGGUAUGCACAUUCAUUACCAGACUCCAUUCGGUCUCGGAGCUGCACCUCAAGUACAAUGGGGUACCCAGCAAGACAACCUUAACCACGUUGCCGUCGGACAGUCCAACACCUACGCCCGCACUCCUCCUUGCUCUCUGGCUCCUGUUACUCAGUGCAGUGAACAUUUCCACGAAGUUCAGAUCACUGGUCUCAAGCCCAACACCAAGUACUGGUACCGCAUUCCUGCCGCCAACGGCACUACCGAGUCUCAGACACUCAGUUUCCGCACUGCACAUGCUGCUGGAGACCGUUCCGAGUUCACCGUCGCAGUCUUGAACGACAUGGGUUACACAAACGCACAUGGAACUCACAAGUACCUCGGCAACGCUGUCCAAGAUGGUCUUGCUUUUGCCUGGCACGGAGGUGACAUCUCUUACGCAGAUGACUGGUAUUCCGGUAUCCUCCCAUGUGAAACCUCCUGGCCUGUCUGCUACAACGGCAGUUCCACUAGACUUCCUGGUGGUCCUCCCUACCCCGCCGAGUACCUUGACGCACCAAUUCCUGCUGGGGAGAUUGCCAACCAGGGUGGUCCUCAGGGUGGUGACAUGUCUGUCCUGUACGAGUCAAACUGGGAUCUUUGGCAGCAGUGGAUGAACGACAUUACAACAUCCGUCCCUUACAUGGUCCUCCCAGGAAACCACGAGGCCGCUUGUGCAGAGUUCGACGGAGGCAACAACACUCUUACCGCGUACCUCAACAACGACAAGGCCAAUUCUUCCGCACCCAAGUCGGCCCUCAACUACUACAGCUGUCCUGAAUCUCAGAGGUGUGUCAUUACGCUGCUAUGUAUCAUUGCCUCAGUUUUACUAACAAUGCUUUUGUNNAGAAACUUCACAACCUUCCAGCACCGUUUCCGCAUGCCCGGAGUUGAGAGUGGUGGUGUUGGUAACUUCUGGUACUCUUUCGAUUAUGGUCUUGCCCACUUCAUCAGUAUUGACACCGAGACGGACUUUGCAUACAGUCCCGAGUGGCCCUUCGUUCGUGAUCUCACGGGCAACGGGACUCAUCCUACCGAGUCUCAAACCUUCAUCACAGACAGUGGUCCUUUCGGUCGCAUUGACGGCAACAAUUGGAAGGACAACAAGGCUUACGAGCAGUACCAGUGGUUGGCCAAGGAUCUCGCCAGUGUUGACCGCACCAAGACUCCUUGGAUCUUCAUCAACGGUCACAGACCCAUGUACAGCAGUCAAACUUCUUCCUACCAGGCGAACGUUCGCAACGCAUUCGAGGCAUUGAUGCUCGAGCAUGGCGUAGACGCAUACUUCGCCGGUCACAUCCACUGGUAUGAGCGUCUGUUCNCCCUUGGCCGUAACGGUACAAUCGACACUGCUUCGAUCAAGGACAACAACACCUACUACACCAAUGAGGGCAAGUCGAUGGUCCACGUCAUCAACGGCAUGGCUGGCAAUAUUGAGUCGCACAGCACUCUGGAUGCCGACCAGCCUGUCCUCAACAUCACUGCAGUGCUGAACAUGAGAGACUACGGUUUCAGCAAGCUGAAGAUUACUUCUACUUCUGCCACUUGGUCGUUCACCAAGGGUGCUGAUGGAUCUAUUGGUGAUAAGCUCACCCUUCUUAAGAGAAACAAGUAA